AUGCCUCUGGCCUUGACCCUGGUGAUUCUGUGCGGCUUGGUCGGCCCCGGGGGAUUGGGCUGCUUGCAGUGCGACCAGUCGGUGCUAGAAGCGCUGCACCAGCUGCGUGAGGCCAUCAUCCCCAAGCGCUUCCACGUGGAAGGGUUGCAGGCGCGCGCGCAGGCCCUGUUGUUGAGCAUGGAGGGGCCUUUCUUCAGGGACUACGCAAUGAACGCGUUCGUGGGGAAAGUGGUCCUCGAUCAACUGGAAACAGUGGUGACAUCCUUCAAGAACCAAACCCAGUACAUACAGGCUAACUCUAGAACAGACGGUCCUCUGCUGGAAGAGCUCGUGAGCUUCAGGGAGCAUGCCAUCAAGGAACUAAAGAAAGCAUUAAGAGACUACGAAAUUAAAGCAUGUGACCACAAAACUUGUCACUCGUUCAAAGAGGAUAUCCUGGACUGUUUUUACUGCAAGAAAACCAUUGCCAAGUGCGUGAAGAAGAAGUCCUGCUUCGAGGAUGGGCAGUCCCGCAUGACUCUGAAGUUCCAGGAUGACAGAAAACUGAGGAACAUGGUGUUGGUGGGAGACAUGGUGACUGUGGGAUUGGCCAUCCUAACCUUCUUGGUGAUCCUGAUCGCGGCUUAUACAUACAGGCAAAACCGAAAACUCCUGCUGAAGUAGGCCAGUGACUUUGGUGUUUGUGAAAGGAAUAUAAAUUUAAUAAAAGC